AUGACCCUCAUCAGCCUGGACCGCUACUACGCCAUCGUCCGCCAGCCCCGGGAGAAGAUGGGGCGCACCAGGGCGGCACAACUGCUGGCUGGGGCUUGGCUGGCGGCCCUGGGCUUCUCCUUCCCCUGGUACCUGCUAGCCAAGGAGCAGUGGGUGGUCCACAAGAGGGGCUACUACCACUGCAUGUAUGUGUUCCACUCCGCCGGCUCCAGGCUGGGGGCCACCUACAGCAUCUCACUCAUUGUGCUCUGCUACCUCCUGCCCUUCGGCCUCAUGUGCUUCUGCCAUUACAACAUCUGCAAGGCGGUGCGACUGUCGGAGAUCCGCGUCCGACCCGUCACCACCUACGCCCACCUGCUGCGAUUCUACAGCGAGAUGAGGACGGCCACCACCGUGCUGAUCAUGAUCGUCUUUAUCAUCUGCUGCUGGGGGCCCUACUGUGUCAUGGGCCUGGUGGCCGCUGCUGGAGACUACCCCUUCACGCCGCUCAUGGACACCGUGGCCAUCUGGAUGGCAUGGGCCAACGGGGCCAUCAACCCGCUCAUCUACGCCAUCCGCAACCCCAACAUCUCCAUGCUGCUGGGGCGCAAUCGAGAGCAGGGCUACAGGACUAGGAACAUUGCCGCUUACCUGUGCACACAGGGUCAGAACCGGGAGGUCAGGGGUAGGGCUGACCCUGUCCGAGAUCGCUAUAACAACAGACACGGGCAAGGCAGCCGGGUGUCCUCGUCCAGUCCGGCCAACGGUGGGGAUGUGGCCAUGUGGGCCUGUAAGAACCCAGCUGUGCUCUUCUGCCGGGAUGGCCAACCGGACACCAUGUCGGAGCCUCCCAGCAUAAAACCUGAGACAGCAGACACAAGCCUUUGA